AUGUGGAUUCAAGAAACAAUUCAAAAAUUUCAGAUGAAAAAAAAAUGGUAUGGGAUAUAAAUUGUCUACAAAUUUCUAUUCCAAUAUAGAGAUUUGGAUCCCAGACAUGCCAAUAAACUUUUUUCAAUAAUUGUCUUGUUGCCACUUUAGAACAUCAUAGUUGAUAUUUUAGGUAACAGACUGUAACAAUUAAUAGGUAAACCUAUAUAUCAUUAAUAGAUGAUAUUGUGGAAAUUUCAAAUUAAAAAAAUAAAGAACACUCUAAGAUAUUAUUCAAACUUCGUCGAACUUAACCAAAAAAAAAAGAAUAAGUAAUACCUGGGUCUUAAGAAAUCUUCUCUGAUAUCUCAAAUAGAUUGAUAAGGUUCUUCAACAGUCAAGGAAAAAUUGUUUAUGAAUAUAGAAAUAUUAUUUUGCUAGCCUUGCUUCCUCUAUAUCCUAACCUUUUUUCCUGA